AUGUUGCAGUCAACGGUACGAAAUUACCUUUCAUCUUCAUCUCUCCUGCAGAUAGAGCGGAGUGAACUCAUAGACUCGCCAGGUGAGGAACCAGAUGGAUUCAAGUUCAAGAAAGGCAGCGUCUUCGUUGUCGAAAGCUUAGGCCACGAGAUUGGCAUGCGAACCACCUUCCCCACGAGCCUUGUCAGGAAAUAUACUAUCGAAAUUAAUCGACCGGUCAACUGGGCAUUGGGUCGGCGUAUGAACCGGGGACUCAAACGUCAUACCCUGACUCGUAUGGUGCAGGAUGUCGUUCGAUGCGGCCUCAUUACCAAGGGCCAAUUGGCUGGCCAUGUGGUGGGCUCACUGGUAGCAGGUGGCCGCUGGAAUGACACGAUUUCCAGGAGUAUUACGUCCAUCGGAUCGGGUAGCAGUGCACAACGCCAGGCAUUAGCUAACGAAAGGAUCUAG